UGGCCCUAGCCACGCCCACACCGGUGGGCCAAUUGGCUCCAGCGUAAAGGCCAGCCUUGGUGCGUCACAAUUAAUGCGCAGACGCAGGCUGCAUCCCUAGACUGAGAACUACAGCCGGAAAUGAAUUAAUGCGCCUGCGCAUGCCCUAUCUCCACUCUGGAGACGUGUACUAUAUCUUUAUUUCCGCCCUGCGAUUGUUGACGCCUACUGUUGCUCUGGCGACGAGAUUUGUGACAGGAACAGGGGGAGAGGUUUAACCACGGACAGAGACGCGUAUCAGAGAGUUCCGGCUCUCUUUGAUCCCCUGUCCUCAGUGGCCAAGCUUGGGAAUCUGCUUAGAGGCCAAGCUGGCGGUCCAGGGAUUUAACCUGCCUGGCCCUAAUUCUCUUAAAAGCUCUGUCUUCAGAUGCCUGUGGCCGAUCAUUAGAGCAGGUCAAGUUCCUCCGCAGUGAGAACUAUGCUUAUACGGGGCAAGCGCCAGUUUACACUGGCGGGGGAGGGUUGACCUCUACAGGAUCCCGAACUGGAAGGCUGGAUCUGGCCCCUUCGAAGAACCUAAGCCAGCAGGCCCCAGGGCUGGCUGAGUAGCUGGCUCCCCACUUGGCGCCCCACUUCCAUGUCUCAGCUGAAGAAUGUGGAAGCCAGGAUCCUCCAGUGUCUCCAGAACAAGUUCCUGGCCCGUUAUGUAUCCCUCCCAAACCAGAACAAGAUCUGGACGGUGACUGUGAGCCCAGAGCAAAAGGACCGCACCCCUCUGGUGAUGGUACAUGGCUUUGGGGGCGGCGUGGGCCUCUGGAUCCUCAACAUGGAUUCACUGAGUGCCCGCCGCACACUCCAUACCUUUGAUCUGCUUGGUUUUGGGCGAAGCUCAAGGCCAACGUUCCCAAGGGACCCAGAAGGAGCUGAAGAUGAAUUUGUGACUUCGAUAGAGACAUGGCGGGAGACCAUGGGAAUCCCCACCAUGAUCCUCCUGGGGCACAGUUUGGGAGGAUUCCUGGCCACUUCUUACUCUAUCAAGUACCCUGAAAGAGUUAAACAUCUUAUCCUGGUGGAUCCCUGGGGCUUUCCCCUACGACCAACUGACCCCAGUGAGAUCCGUGCACCUCCAACCUGGGUCAAGGCUGUGGCAUCUGUCCUGGGACGUUCCAAUCCACUGGCUGUUCUUCGAGUGGCUGGGCCUUGGGGGCCUGGGCUGGUACAGAGAUUCCGUCCAGACUUCAAGCGCAAGUUUGCAGACUUCUUUGAGGAUGAUACCAUCUCAGAAUACAUCUACCACUGCAAUGCACAGAAUCCCAGUGGGGAAACGGCAUUCAAAGCCAUGAUGGAGUCCUUCGGCUGGGCCCGGCGCCCCAUGUUGGAGCGAAUCCACUUAAUUCGAAAAGAUGUGCCCAUCACCAUGAUCUAUGGGGCCAACACCUGGAUAGAUACCAGCACAGGAAAAAAGGUGAAGAUGCAAAGGCCAGAUUCCUACGUCCGAGACAUGGAGAUCGAGGGUGCAUCGCACCACGUGUACGCUGACCAGCCACACAUCUUCAAUGCUGUGGUGGAAGAGAUCUGUAACUCGGUUGACUGAGAUGCUCUGAGAGGGAGAGGAGGAAGCCGGAGCUGCUGCCAUCUUUCUCCCUGUCUUAGUCAGAACCUCUGUCCUUUCCUCACCAACUAACAUGUGCCAGCCAGGCAGAGUCUUGGACUGUCCCCAAGAUAGGACCACAGUGAAAAAGAGCACUUCCAAUCCCAUGCUGAGGGCAAGAGGCAGAAUCCACCAGAGGCCUUGAACUCCCCACCCUGGGGAAAAGUAUAAAAGGGCUGCCUAGUACCGCCUGUUCUCUCCACACCAGGUGGUGACUAUGAGGAGACUGUGUGAACCAUGUCAUCUCCCUGCAUGGCCUUCCCUUCCUCUAGACAGAGGAGGGCUCCCAGCAGCCUUUCUAGUUUUGGAAUGUGUCUGAGAGUAGUUCCCACACAGGAACAUCUUUCUUCUUCAUCACUCCACACCUCCAACCAAGCUCAGUUUCCACUCACCCACCAGGAGCAGCUCUGUUCACUUGCACAACCACUUCCAUGACCUUGGAGGUCAUAUCCUAAGCUCUUAUUGGCAGACGAGGCAAGAGAUCAGGGCAGGAUACAGCACAUGAUGGGUUCCAGCAGAAUGGAGUCUAUAGCCCAGCAAGCUUUGCAUGCUAAGGUUCCAUGCAGACACCACUGCUGUGGAGCUGAUUUAAAGUUAACCUUGCUCCAUAUUCUAACCUGUUGUACAGGUACACUAUUAUCUUGUCCUGUGUCUCAAUCCUGGUUGCCUAAGAUGGGACACUUGAGUCUCUUCCUCUUGUUCCUCCCACUAUGAGGCUCUGAGCCUCUUCUGUGCCUUGGGCCCUAAAGCCCCACGUGUAGUAUAGAGCAAAGGUGACUGACUCCUGGUGGAGAAGGGAAAAGGCCCUUCUACCCUUGAGUCAUGUCUGGAUUCACAAAGUCCACAAGUAUCCGCAGCAUUUUCUACCUGGCCCUAGAGCUGAGCACCCCUCCCCAUGGCUCACUGAGGAGCUUUAAUUCAGCAGUUCUCUGUCCUUAUCAGCCACAGAAAUGCUUCCCACUGCCUGAACCUCUAUGCCUAUCAUCUGUCACCAUGGUCUCCACCUCACUCUGCUUCAAAAUUACCCACCAGCCCCCUCCAAUGACUCUCAUUCCAGGUCCUGCACUAAGGCUCUGGGUACUAGGCUGGGCCUGGCCCUGGAAGCCAUGCAGUUCCUGCCUCCUCCUCCACUUUUAUAAAGCCAACCCUUUCACCAGAAUAGUAUUAACUCCUGGUGCUUUUGUACUACUGGUCCAGCUGCCUCGGGCUCCUUUUCUAUAUUAAUAAAGAGUAAACACUGUCGGUGAUGACAACA